AUGAUCAGCCCCGGGCCGCUCUCUUUUGAGCGUGCCAUCUCGGCCGGGCUCAUCGCCUGCGCCAGCGCAAUCGUAUACCUGGUGGUGAAGGGCUACCGAGCCCGGCUUGUCUUCCAUCGCCUCCGCCAGCAAGGAAUGCCCAUGCCGCCAUGGAACCCGAUCCUCGGACACCUCCUGGCCGUGCCCCCAGUCAUGAAAGUGCUGCCCGAAGACGCGCAACAGCCGGACGCGUUCGAGGCUUUGUGCAAGGCUCACGAGAAGAAGGACGCCGACUCCAUUAUCUAUCUCGAUAUGUGGCCCUUUGCCGACCCCAUGAUGGUCAUCUGCUCGCCUGUGCUCGCCGUUCAGGCCUGCCAGGAAUACGACUUACCCAAGCCGCCCAUUCUGCACGCCUUCUUUAACCCUCUGGCCGGCGGCGACAACCUCUUCACCAUGAACGGACCCGAAUGGAAGCGUUCGCGCGCACUCUUCAACUCGGGCUUCAGUGCGGGCUACGUUUUGCAGCAGACGUCUCAUAUUGUAGAUGAGGCCGAAGUUUAUGUCGAGACCCUGCGCGAGUACGCCCGAAAGAAGGAGAUGUUCUCUUUGGAUGAUGUGACUUGCUGGUAUCUGAUGGACGUCAUCGGCACCGUGACCCUCGACUCGCGACUUCAUUCCCAGCGCCAGUUCAACCCUCUCGCAUCGGCAUUGCGCCGCCAGAUUCGCUGGCAUGUCCUCGACAACGAGUGGAACCUCCUGAUCCGGUGGAACCCGGUCCGACCGUUCGUGCAAUGGUACAACAAUUACCAAAUGAAUAGCUACAUCGCCGCGGAGCUCGACAAACGCUACGCAGAAUGGACCUCGGACGAGACGGCGGCUUCCUCGCGCUCCAUCAUCCACCUCGCCCUAGCCGGCUACAUGGCCCAGCAAGCCCAGCAAAAAGACCAGCCGCGGCCCAAGCAACUUGACCGUGCCUUCCGGGACUGGGCCACGGUGCAAAUCCGGCUCUUCAUCUUCGCUGGCCACGACUCCACCUCGUCGACCAUCUGCUACUGCUUCUACCUCCUCCAAUCGCACCCCGAAGCCCUAGCCAAGCUCCGCGCCGAACACGACGCCGUCUUCGGGCUCGACAUCGCCCAGACGGCGUCCAAGAUGCGCUCCCAGCCCCAUUUGCUCAACAACCUGCCAUACACAACUGCCGUCAUCAAGGAAUCCCUGCGUCUCUUCCCUCCCGCGUCCGCUAUGCGCGGCGGGUUGCCGGGCGUCUACCUUCAGGACGACAAGGGAAACCGAUAUCCGACCGAGGGCACCAACAUGUGGAUCCUGCACUCGGCCGUACAGCGCAACCCGCAUUACUGGCCCGACGAGCUGGCCUUCCGGCCCGAGCGAUGGCUCGUCAAGGAUACCCAGGAUCCGCUAUAUCCCAUCAAGGGCGGGUGGCGGCCCUUUGAGCACGGCCCUCGCAAUUGUCUGGGCCAGACGCUAGCUAUGCUCGAUGUCAAAAUCACGCUGGCACUGACGGUGCGCGAGUUCGAUGUGAGACAUGCUUUCGAGGAGUGGGAUCGGUUGCAUCCGACUUCCAAGGUGAAGCAUGUCAAUGGAGACCGUGCCUACCAGACGCAGUCGGGAGGGGCGCAUCCUGCGGAUGGGUAUCCGUGUCGGGUCAGCUUAAGACACUAA